CUGCUGCUUCUGGCAGCCCUUGCGAGGCUCCUGGGUCCCAGUGAGGUAAGGCGACCCGCUGCUGGAAAGGCUUCGGCUCGGGAUCUCAAGCACUUCGCCGAAAGUUCGUCCUGGAAAGAAUGGCUCGCCGAGAGGGGACUGGGAGCUUCCCCGCUGGCGGGCUGGGCCUGCGGGGAGGGCAGGGCCCUUGCCGAGUGCAGCGCCCCAGCUCUGCGCCUUGGACCCACAGGUGGUGGCUGAACCGACAGAGGAGGCGGGAGCUCGUUGUCCCAAUGGCCUGUGGCCUCUGCCCCCGCAGGUGUCACCAAGGGUGACCUACACACCAAGGGUGAGCCCAGGGCAGGCUGAGGAUGUCACCUUCCUCUACCACCCCUGUGCCCACCCCUGGCUGAAGCUCCAGCUUGUCCUCUUGGCCCACAUUUGUGUGGCUAAGCCCUCACUCACCCCUGACUCCAACCUCACUCAGGAUCGGCCCCUGGUGCUGACAGCAUGGGGGGUGGCACUGGAAAUGGCAUGGGUAGAGCCAGCCUGGGCUGCUCACUGGCUGAAGAGGCGGAAGAGGAAGCAAAGGAAGAAGAAAGCAUGGAUCCACUGUGAUGGCCUUUCUGGGCCUUCUCCCUUGGUGCCAACCCCAGGCUGGAGGAGGCUGUGCCGAAGAGGGUGUGCACAGGCCCUAGCGUUGGCCUUUGCUCUGCGGAGCUGGAGGCCCCCUGGCACAGGGGUGACAUUUAGAGGGCCCAGGCAGCCCUCUCCCCGUGGUGCCAGGAGGCGGGGGCUGCGGGCUGCCCUUGGUCUCCAGCCCACUCACUCAGCCCCAAGGAUUCCCUCUGCUUCCCCAUCGAGUGUGAAGGCCAAGCUGCUCAUGCCGGGACUUCCGGGUGAGGCCGGUAAUACCCCAUCUGUGCCCACUGUCCCCGUGCUGCCUGGGGGGCCUGGAGGCAAUGCCAGCUCCAGAACAGAUCCGCAGGUGUCCAACGGGCAAGGCAGCCCAGGGGGCUGUGUCUGUUCAAGUCAGGCUUCCGCAGCCCCUCGCGCUGCAGCGCGUCCGCGGGCGGCCCGGGGCCCCACCCCACGCACGGAGGAGGCCGCCUGGGCUGCCAUGGCCCUGACCUUCCUGUUGGUGCUGCUCACCCUGGCCACGCUCUGCACACGGCUGCACCGAAACUUCCGACGGGGCGAGAGCAUCUACUGGGGGCCCACAGCAGACAGCCAGGACACGGUGGCUGCUGUGUUGAAGCGGAGGCUGCUGAUACCCCCGCGCCGGGCCAAGCGCUCCCGCCGGAGACCCCUCCUCCCGCCCACGCCGGACAGCGGCCCGGAUGGGGACAGCUCGGAGUAAUCCGCCCCAACCCUGCCGCUGUGGCGGGCCGGACUCCUCCUCCCGCUGCGAGGCCGCGACCUCUGCCACGUGGACCGCGCGCGAGGGCGCCCCCUAGUGGCAGACGGAGCGGGCCUGCCCGAGCCGUGCAAGGGCUCUUUCCUCCUUCCUGUGUUUGGGAGGCGGGCGGCCAAGGAGAGAAAAAGGGUUUGUUUCUGCCUCCCUUGCCAAAAUUCUCUGUAUUUCUAAUUAAAUUAUUUUAGUAGA